AUGGCUGCUGCGCCUGCCGUCGUUGAAGUACCCGCGGCCGGUAAUGCUGUGGAAGGCGCUACUGCUGGCCCUACUGUCCCUGUGCAAUCGGCAUUAUCAGGGCAGCAUGCGACAUUUCCGGCUUCGUCGAGGGCGCAGUUGGUUUUCUUAGGGCAGCAGGCUUUGCUGUUGCCAACCGAGGAGCAGGAGAUGGGACAUUUGGAGUCUCGACGAAAGAGAUCCAAACUUAUGAGACCUUCGAGCCUGGAAGAUUGA